UUUAACCCGUGCAUUUGCAACGGGCGAGCGCCUCUGCUUUUGGCGUCUCUCCGCCGGCGGGCCUCCAGUCCGGGCGUCCCGUUAUCCUGGAGAGGAGGAGGAAAAAGGAGGAGGAGGGAAGAGGAGUCUCCGCAGCCGGGUAGGCUGUCUUGCUGAGAAAAGGAAGGAAGAAAGGAAGGGAAAGGCCAAUAUGUCGCUGCUGCGCCUCGGCUGGAGGUGAGCGCGCCGCGGAGGAGCGAGUCCUCCGUGCGCCCCGGCGAUGUUCCCCGCCCGCGAGGCCGCCCCGCUGGGGGGCUCCCCGCAGAGCCCCGAGACGCCGCCGAUGCCGUCGGGGGGCUCUCCGCCCUUGGCCGAGGUGAGCGACGCCGAGCUGGGCGGCUGCAGCAAGGAGGAGCUGGUGCGCCGCUUGCGCCACGAGGAGGCCGGGAAGCUGGCGGCGCUGGUGCAGCGCGGCCGGCUCAUCCAGGGCGUCAACCGGCAGCUGCAGGAGCACCUCCGCGAGAUCCGCGAGCUGAAGGCGGUCAACGGGCGGCUGCAGGCCGAGAACCGCGAGCUGCGCGACCUGUGCUGCUUCCUCGACGAGGACCGGCUCAAGGCCAAGCGCCUGGCGCGCCACUGGCAGCUCUUCGGGCACCACGCGGCGCAGGUGCUGCGCGACGAGGUGGCCGCCUGCCUCCGCAAGCUGGCCGGCCUGGAGGGCCUCCAGGAGCGCCUGGCCAAGGACAACCUGGAGCUGAAGGAGCUUUGCCUGGCCCUCGAGGAGGAGUGCGCCUCCACGCGGCCCGACGCCAGCCCCAGCCCCGGCGGCGGCUCUUCGGAGCUCAGCCUGCCCUGCGGGCCCCGCGACCUGGGCGACGGCAGCUCCAGCACCGGCAGCGUCGGCAGCCCGGACCAGCUCCACCCCGCCUGCACUCCCGACGACUAAACCCGCGGGGAGGGCGCCCCGCGUGGGAAGAUGGGCGCGCCCUGCCCUGGCCCGCAGUCUCUCCGCCCUUUGCUCCGUGCUCCUGGCGUCAAGGAACCUGGAUGGGACGCUGUGCCUGCCUCUGUUCCUAUUUCUCCCACCUGGCUGAAGAUGUCAUGCCUGGGGAAACCCGUUAUUGCCACCGGUUGGUUGGCUUGUUUUUUUAAAGCUGUUUGUGUGUGGUUGAUGCUCAGACCAAUGUAGCAAGCUUUGAGGUCACACAAAGCUCUUCUUUUUAAACGAUUACGCCAUCAUUCUGCCGAAUGCAGCAGACUGUUGGAUCACACUGGUUUGUUUUAUUUUUUUAAAGGAAAGCCAUAAUAUAUGGUGGAAAGCAGUUGCUCUUCUGUUUGGAGGUCUUCCCCCCCCCCCCAUUGCCACUCCCUAUAGCGGGCAUCCCAACAAUUCCUUGGAUAAAUUGCUGCGGUCAGAUCAUCCCAACGGAAAAGGGACUCCUGUUCCAAUCUAGCAAAUUCACAUACAGGCAAGGGUCUCCGCCACAAGCCAGCAUUGUGUGGGUGGGGUGGUUUUUGACAGCAUUAACCUUGGGUGGGGGGAGAUGAAGGGAGCAAGCUAUUGGACUGGACAGGAGUCUUCAUCCCCAUGGGGGCACUUGCAGUAUAUCAAAAAGGAGUACAUCUUCCAGCAGCGGACUUUCCCCUGUUGGUGGGAGGUGUAUGGAAUUUUGGGCAGGGUGCAUCUCUCCCUCCCCACUGAAAAUCUUCUAUCCUGUACACUGGGUGGGGUGAUAUCGAGGAAAGCAGCAGGGAUCAAUAAUGUGAUUAUGGCUGUUUUGGAGGGGCUAUGACAAGGGGUGGUAUUAGGGGAUGAAGCCAUGUCCAGCUGGAUUUGGGGGGUGGUGGCUGGAUUUGGUGGAACAGAAAACCAGGCCACACUGCAAGAUUUUUCAAACCUCCACCCAGUUGCUUGCUUAUAUCUUCCUUUGAUUUUUCCCACAUAUGGAAACGCUUCCCCUCCCCAAUGGUGGUAUACCCCUUGCAGAGAGCUAGAACCUCAGUUGCUUGGGGGUGCUGGCUUGAUUCCUGUAGGAACCUGCAUGGGAGGGGCAGGCCCCCAUCCUUUGAAAACAGCCACCCCUAAAUAACUAUUUAGGAACUUCAUAGUACAACUGCCUUUCCUAUGAGGGUAGGAACGCCAGAAAGAAGGGUUAUCCCAUAAUUUCAAGUGUCCCCUUCUCAUCCUCCUCCCUGGGAAGUAACAGAGAAUCUCCUGAUGGGCGCCUGAGCCAACAACUCCCUGCUACUUGAAAGUUUACUUCUGAUUAGCAAUAGCUUUGAGGCUUCGGUUUUUGACUGAGAACAUGAAGAUUGCGAAGAGUGGAAGAUUCAGGACAGACAAAAGGAAGUACUUCUUUACUCAGCACAUAGUUAAACUAUGGAAUUUGCUCCCACAAGACGCAGUAACGGCCACCAGCUUGAAUGGCUUUAAAAGAAGAUUAGACAAAUUCAUGGAGGACAGGGCUAUCAAUGGCUACUAGCCGUGAUGGUUGUGCUCUGCCACCCUAGUCAGAGGCAGUAUGCUUCUGAAAACCAGUUGCCGGAAGCCUCAGGAGGGGAGAGUGUUCUUGCACUCAGGUCCUGCUUGCGGGCUUUCCCCAGGUUGGCCACUGUGAGAACAGGAUGCUGGACUAGAUGGGCCACUGGCCUGAUCCAGCAGGGUGUUCUCAUGUUCUUAUGUGGUGGUCCUCGGAACUCUCCUCCACUUGAACAGCAGGGCUGGAUAUAUGUUGGAACUGCAUUUGUAGAUAACGCCAAGGACGAGAUUUUCAGUGUUCCUGUGUUAGGUUGCUGCGUGGCUCCCUGUGGAGGGAGGACAGGAAAUCCUUGGAAUGCUGCCUUUUGUUGGAGAAGCAGCUGGUUGAUGAAAGCAGCAAGCUUCCAUGAUGCGCAGAACUCUUGAGGUGCACCGAGAAGCAAGUAAAGUCCCUGUACCUCUGUUGUUGUUUUCAAUAUCCUUGGACAGCCGAAUCCGGCGUGGAGGAUAUCCUCUUCAUCUUCCAGGGGAAGCGAUGUGUGACUUGGUUCAUGCUUGUACCUCUUAAGAAUUCAAAGGAGAGAGACCUCCCCUUCCCGCCAAAAAAGAAAAAAAAAGCAAGGACUUCAGCAAUCUCUUCUUCAGGAUGCUAAUAAAUGUUUUAAAUUGUCGUGUUUGGAGAGGGCCUCAUUUUGCAUCUUGGCUAUGCUGAUUUCUGGAGUGGGUGGGUGUCUCUUUUAAGUUCAUAACUUGCCAGUCAGCAGAGAAUAAACAUGGUUCAGUUACUUGCCUCAUGAUUGUUCCCAUCUGGAGGCCUAACUCUAAGUGCUAGCUUAACAAUUCCAAAAAAGAGACAUGUAGGCUGCAAUCCUAUAUACAUUUACCCAGAAAUAAGCCCUGUUGAACUCAGUGUGCCUUACCUCUGAGUGGACAUGUAUAGGUUUGUGCAUCCCAGCCAGAUAGGGUUUACUCGGUGUUAAUCUAAGAGUUCUUUGCACAUGCUUGGGGGCAAUUUGUUAUUUGAUUUAGGGAAGCCUCCCAGAUGUUUUGAACUACAACUCCCAUCAGAAUUUUUUUGCCUUGAACCAACGCUGGGGCAGUCUGGAGAGAAGUCCUUGUGUUUUUGCACAGAUUUGAAACUAGAGAAAUUGUGUGUUAUUAAAACUGGGUGUGUGGAAGGAUACAAGUUGCUUCCAGACAACCUGUUUGUUGAACAUUCAUCCUGAUUAGGGAUGGAAUAAUAAUAAUCUGUCAAUUUCAGUUCUCUCCUUUUCUCAAUUUUCUAAUCUUAAAUU